GCCGCCGCCGCCGCCGCCGCGGGCGCACUCGCCGGUCGCAGUGAAAAGGCGGAGGCGGCGGCCGCUCGGGCUCGGCUCUGGUUCCCAGUGCCUCCCCCGCCGCACCCUCUCCCCACCUCCCGCACCCGCCAAACUUGAUGUGACCCCGGCCUGACGCGGCGGCUGCCCCUCUCACUGCCCCGCGGGCCCCCACCGCCACCCCGCCCCGCACCCCCGGAGCGCACCGCUCACCGCGCCCCUUCCCACAUCCCGGCCGGGGCCAGGCGCCGCGCUCGCCCUCCGCGUUCCCUUCCCUCGCCACCCCUUCCCCCUUCACCAUGAGCAACCUGAAGCCGGACGGCGAGCACAGCACCGGCACCGGCACGGGCUCCGGCACAACCCUGGAGGAGGAGGUUCGGACAUUGUUUGUCAGUGGCCUCCCCGUGGACAUUAAACCCAGAGAACUCUACCUGCUCUUCCGGCCGUUCAAGGGAUAUGAAGGGUCCCUGAUCAAGCUCACCUCGAGACAGCCUGUUGGUUUUGUCAUCUUUGACAGCCGGGCAGGAGCAGAAGCCGCCAAGAAUGCAUUGAACGGUAUUCGCUUUGAUCCUGAGAACCCGCAAACCCUGAGGCUAGAGUUUGCCAAAGCCAACACCAAGAUGGCCAAGAGCAAGUUAAUGGCAACACCAAAUCCCACCAGUGUUCACCCUGCCCUAGGAGCACAUUUCAUCGCCCGGGAUCCCUAUGACCUGAUGGGGGCUGCUCUGAUCCCUGCGUCCCCAGAGGCCUGGGCCCCUUAUCCUCUGUACACCACAGAGCUGACCCCAGCCAUCUCACAUGCUGCGUUCACCUACCCAGCUGCCACUGCUGCUGCUGCUGCUGCCCUCCAUGCUCAGGUGCGCUGGUAUCCCUCCUCUGACGGCACCCAGCAAGGAUGGAAGUAUCGCCAGUUCUGUUGAUUCUUCAGUCUGGUCGCCAGGAAGUUGGUUCUGGGACUAUGUGGUGGGGCCAGAAUAGGGCCCUGAGCUUCCACCGCCCCCUGCGUGCGGCCUGUGCAGAGCUGCUGCUUCUCCGGAGACUGUGAAUCUUAAGCCUGACUCAGUGAACUGCUUCCUGUUCCUUUCCCUCUUCCUCAGGCUUGUUCUACCCCAAACCCUUCUCCAAGGCCUCCCUGGAGGAUUUGAGGGCCUUCUUGCUGGGACACCCAGACCCAGCUAGGAGGCCUCACUGUGACCCAGCAAGACCUGACCUGACCUCCCACUCAAACAUGCUUCUUAAGCUCCCCCUCAAGAAAAUGAGGCAUUUAAUUUUGCAUGUUUUCUGGCAUGAAUUAAGACACUUAAACUUGUGUAUAUGUGAGUGUACAGUUUGUUCUCACACUGUCUCCAUAGCAACAGGUCCUAGCUUAUGGUGCCUGGUCCCUCUCUCCACACCCCGCCCCUACACCCACUGUGCUUCAGAGAGGCCUGAGCCCUGUGGCCACUUCUCCCCCGAGGACCCAUGCACCACACACACUUCCAGGCUCAGCAACCACCACACGACAUUUGCCUUGUCAUUUCGAAUCAGUCCUCUGCUUCCUUCUCAGAUGGGCCAAUAAUUAUAAGAAAGUCCUCUCCUCUGCCCAUCUUGCUGACCUCUCCACAGGGCGCCCUGCCCCCACCACUGCUCCUUGUUCUUUCCAAACCUUAAAGUCAACCAAAACGUGAAAAGUAUUUUUGUACCCUGUGUAACAAAAUAUUUAUGCAUCAUAAAGGAUUUUCAUGUGUGUACCAUUAAUUAUUAAAGAGACCUUGUUCGCCUUGUCAGAUAAGUUUAAUGUUUAGUUUGAGGCACGAAGAAGAAACGGGUUUCCAUUCUUCAGCAGUGAGCCUUUGUGUCAGGCGUUGGUUUAAGAAAAAUAAAGAAAAAAAUUGUGCAAUUUUAUUUUGUUUUGUGAGCAUAUCAAUGCUUUACCUUUAGUCACAGCUGUGACUGUCUUGCCAUUUCAGAUGUGGGAGACUAGGUGGCUGUUGUAAUUGUUGAUCCUGUGAGAAUGUGAAACUGGAUAAUAUAUGAAAUGUAAAAUUAAAAAAUCCAAAGUGACUGCUCUCUGGC